AUGAGAAUAAUUUCUUUUUAGGGUCCUGAUGAAGAAGCUGUUGUGGAUCUUGGUAAAACCAGCUCAACUUUUUUUUUUUAGUUUGAAAAAGAAGAACUAGAAAGUCAUCGAGCUGUCUAUAUUGGUGUUCAUGUCCCAUUUAGUAAAGAUUUUUUUUUUCGUCAUAGGCAUCGUGGACACAAACAUCACCACCGAAGAAGAAAAGAUAAAUUUUUUUUUUAAGAAGAUGGACGGGAGUCUCCUUCUUAUGACACACCAUCCCAAAGAGUUCAGUUUUUUUUUUUUACUGAAGAUGAUGAUGAAGAGCACAUUCCGCAUGAUCUCUUUACGGAAAUGGAUGAACUGUGUUAUAGAGAUGGAGAAGAGUAUGAGUGGAAAGAAACUGCCAGGUGGCUGAAAUUUGAAGAGGAUGUUGAAGAUGGCGGUGACCGAUGGAGUAAACUUUUUUUUUUAACUCUCUCUUUGCACAGUCUUUUUGAACUAAGAAGUUGCAUCCUAAAUGGAACAGUGAUGCUGGACAUGAGAGCAAGCACCCUAGAUGAAAUAGCAGAUAUGGUAUUGGACAACAUGAUAGCCUCUGGCCAAUUGGAUGUUUUUUUUUUAGAGAAUGUCAGAGAAGCUCUUCUGAAGAGACAUCAUCAUCAGAAUGAGAAUUUUUUUUUUAGUCGGAUUCCCCUUGUUCGAUCUUUUGCAGAUAUAGGGGAAGGCCUUUCAGCCUCCCGCCACUCUUUGCGAACAGGUCUGUCUGCCUCAAACCUUUCAUUGAGAGGAGAAUCGCCUUUAUCUCUUCUUCUCAGUCAUCUUCUUCCUUCUUCAAGAGCUGGAAGCCCUGCAGGCUCAAGGUGUACAACCCCAGUACCCACCCCUCAAAACAGCCCUCCUUCCAGCCCUAGCGUCAGUCGCCUGACCUCCAGAAGUUCCCAACAGAGUCAGCUUCAGGCCCCAGAACUACUGGUUUCACCUGCCAGUGAUGAUAUUCCCACAGUAGUAAUUCAUCCUUUUUUUUUUGACUUAGAAGCACUGAAAGGCCAGGAGCAGAAGAAUGAGGAAAAUGUUGACAUGACUCCAGGUAUUUUGGCCUCUCCACAGUCUGCACCUGGAAACCUGGACAAUAGUAUUUUUUUUUUAAUUAAAGGUAAUGGAGGUGGAGGAAGCAGAGAAAAUAGUACUGUUGACUUCAGCAAGGUUGAUAUGAAUUUCAUGAGAAAUUUUUUUUUUGGAGCCGAGGCAUCCAAUGUUUUGGUGGGAGAGGUAGACUUUUUGGAAAGAUUUUUUUUUUCAUUUGUGAGACUGGCUCCUGCAGUUCUCCUCUCAGGGCUGACUGAGGUCCCUGUUCCUACGAGGUUUCUGUUUCUGUUAUUGGGUUUUUUUUUUUAGGCACCACAGUACCAUGAAAUUGGAAGAUCAAUAGCUACUCUCAUGACACAUGAUGUAGCCUAUUUUUUUUUUUACAGAAAUGACCUCUUAUCUGGAAUUGAUGAAUUUUUAGAUCAAGUAACUGUUUUUUUUUUAGGAGAGUGGGAUCCUUCUAUACGCAUAGAGCCACCAAAAAGUGUUCCUUCUCAGGAAAAGAGAAAGAUUCCUAUAUUUCCCAAUGGAUCUGCCCCCAGCUCUAGUGUUUUUUUUUUAGAGGCCGAUCAUCAUGCCGGGCCUGAGCUACAGAGGACUGGACGGCUUUUUGGUGGUUUGAUACUUGACAUCAAAAGUUUUUUUUUUUUUUUCUUGAGUGACUUCAAGGAUGCAUUAAGUCUACAGUGCCUGGCCUCGUUUUUUUUUUUAUACUGUGCCUGUAUGUCUCCUGUAAUCACUUUUGGAGGGCUGCUUGGAGAAGCUACAGAAGGCAGAAUAAGUGCAAUAGAGUCUCUUUUUGGAGCAUCAUUAACUGGGAUUGCCUAUUCGUUGUUUGCUGGGCAACCUCUAACAAUAUUGGGGAGCACAGGUCCAGUUUUAGUGUUUGAAAAAAUUUUAUUUAAAUUCUGCAGAGAUUAUCAGCUUUCCUAUCUGUCUUUAAGAACCAGUAUUGGUCUGUGGACUUCUUUCUUGUGCAUUGUUUUGGUUGCAACAGAUGCGAGCAGCCUUGUGUGUUAUAUUACUCGAUUCACAGAGGAGGCUUUUGCGGCUCUAAUUUGCAUCAUAUUCAUCUACGAGGCUUUGGAGAAGCUCUUUCAUUUAGGAGAAAUAUAUGCAUUUAAUAUGCACAACAAUUUAGAUGAACUGACCCACUACUUAUGUGUAUGUGUUGAACCUCCUAACCCUAGCAAUGAAACUCUAAAAAUAUGGAAGGAAAAGAAUUUAACAGCAGAUGAUAUUUUCUGGGGGAAUCUCACUGUUUCUGAAUGUAAAACCUUUCAUGGUGUAUUUGUAGGAUCAGCUUGUAGUCUUCAUGGACCUUAUGUUCCAGAUGUGCUGUUUUGGUGUGUCAUCUUAUUUUUCACAACAUUUUUUCUGUCUUCAUUCCUCAAGCAAUUUAAGACCAAGCGGUAUUUUCCUACCAAGGUGCGAUCGACAAUCAGUGACUUUGCUGUAUUUCUCACAAUAGUAAUAAUGGUUGCAGUUGACUACCUUGUAGGAGUUCCAUCUCCUAAACUUCACGUUCCUGAAAAAUUUGAGCCUACUGAUCCAAGUAGGGGCUGGAUCAUAAGCCCAUUGGGAGAAAAUCCUUGGUGGACUUUAUUAAUAGCUGCUAUUCCAGCUCUGCUUUGUACCAUUCUCAUCUUUAUGGAUCAACAAAUUACAGCUGUAAUCAUAAACAGAAAGGAGCACAAAUUGAAGAAAGGAGCUGGCUAUCACCUUGAUUUGCUCAUGGUUGGUGUUAUGUUGGGAGUUUGCUCUAUCAUGGGACUUCCGUGGUUUGUGGCUGCAACAGUGUUGUCAAUAAGUCAUGUCAACAGCUUGAAAGUUGAAUCUGAAUGUUCUGCUCCAGGGGAACAACCCAAGUUUUUGGGAAUUCGUGAACAGCGAGUUACAGGGCUAAUGAUCUUUAUUCUAAUGGGCCUGUCUGUGUUCAUGACUUCAGUACUAAAGCUUAUUCCAAUGCCUGUCCUGUAUGGUGUUUUCCUUUAUAUGGGAGUUUCCUCAUUAAAAGGAAUCCAGUUUUUUGACCGUAUAAAAUUAUUUGGAAUGCCUGCUAAGCAUCAGCCCGAUCUGAUAUACCUUCGUUACGUGCCUCUCUGGAAGGUCCAUAUUUUCACAGUCAUUCAGCUCACUUGUCUGGUUCUUUUGUGGGUGAUAAAAGCUUCAGCUGCUGCGGUAGUUUUUCCCAUGAUGGUUCUUGCAUUAGUCUUUGUACGCAAACUCAUGGAUCUGUGUUUCACAAAGAGAGAACUUAGUUGGCUUGAUGAUCUCAUGCCAGAAAGUAAGAAAAAGAAAGAAGAUGACAAAAAGAAAAAAGAGAAAGAGGAAGCUGAACGAAUGCUUCAAGCUGAUGAUGACACUGUGCACCUUCCAUAUGAAGGGGGAAGUCUCUUACAGAUUCCAGUUAAGGCCCUAAAAUAUAGUGUUGAUCCCUCAGUUGUUAACAUAUCAGAUGAAAUGGCCAAAACUGCACAGUGGAAGGCACUUUCCAUGAAUACUGAGAAUGCCAAAGUAACCAGAUCUAGCACGAGCCCUGAAAAACCUGUGAGUGUGAAAAUAAAUUUUGAAGAUGAACCAACAAAGAAAUACAUGGAUGCUGAAACUUCGUUAUAG